AACACAUUUUUAGACCACCCUUUGAGUUGGUUCAGUCUAACCCGUCACUGAUGAUCGCUUGCCACAGCGUGCUUUGGCUGUCAAUCACAGUCUGUCAAUCCCCACACGAGUCCGCUGAGACUGUUUCCAAAGGCUCGGCCACAGAAAGAGAGCAACUCCCACGACCGGUCUGCUCAGUCUGCUGCUGGACGGGGGUUCUGCGAGGGGCUGAGCACACACACACACACACACACACACACACACACACACACACACACACACACACACACACACACACACACACACACACUCUGGAGCCUUUGCUGCAUCAAGAGGCAGAAGAGGAGAGCGGAGGAUUGUACGGAGGGAAGCACAGACUGGGAAUAUUCCAGUGGACAGAGCCAAUCCCAGAGAGGGACAGGAUUGUUAGGAGACUCGUGCUAUUAUGCUACUUUGCUCCGCAGUGGAAACUGAGCACCAGGGAAUUUGACAGGAUCUCAGUGCACCUGCUCCAAGCACAUUGAUUAUGUGAAGGAGCUGACGUGUGCGAUGGCCAGCCUGUACCUGCAGGUUCUACACACAGCUCUGUGUUAUUGUUACGUCCCAACCAAGCAGCCCAGCCCAAGGAUCUGACCGCACCUCCCCCUCCCUCCCUCCCUCCCCCUGGGAGUCCCUCAACGAUAGGCCCACCAUGGGAGGAUGCUUCUCCAAACCCAAACCAGUGGGAAAGGUUUUAGACAGUUCUACAGAUUGUCUUUAUAUCUUCUGGGCUGUCUCAACCACCAAGCGAGGGUCAGAUCAAACAGAGUUACAGGAAGUGACAGGAGCCCGAACUGGAGCAGAACGCAUGAAAGAAGUUGAAGUUAAAGUGGAACUCUCUCUCCUGGAAAAAGAAAAAGAGGUGGAUGGGCUGUCACCUAAUGGCAAAGCGAGUCCCUUUGCUGACAGCAGACCUAACGGGGCCCUGGGACACGGCUCUGAUGAUGACUCCACACCGCUCCCCCUCUACCACAAACCACGGGACUAUGUGGAGGCCUCCGUCUGUCAUGUUAAAGAUCUGGAAAACGGACAGAUGCGAGAGGUUGACCUGGGAAGUGGCAGAGCUUUGUUGAUCAAAGAACACGGGGAGUUCUCCGCCAUGGCCCAUAAGUGUCCACACUACGGAGCACCUCUGGUCAAAGGUGUGUUGUCAAAAGGACAUGUGCGCUGUCCGUGGCACGGUGCAUGCUUCAACAUUGCAACAGGAGACCUCGAGGACUUCCCCGGGCUGGACAGCCUGCCUACCUUCCAGGUCAGAGUUGAAAAGGACAAGGUGAUCAUUCGUGCAAACAAGCAGGCUCUUCAGUCACAGAAAAGGUCAAAGCCCAUGGCCCGAUGCUCAGCAGUUAUUAACUCAAGCAUGUGCUUCAGCCAUGUUCUCAUUAUUGGCUCAGGUCCAGCAGCUCUGGUGUGUGCAGAGACACUGAGGCAAGAGGGCUUCACCGACCGCAUCGUCAUGUGCACCAUGGACAGACAUCCUCCAUAUGACAGGCCUAAACUGAGUAAGUCCUUAGACAGCACAGCAGAGCAGCUGAGAUUGCGCUCCAUGGAAUUCCUGCAGGAUCAUGAUAUUGAACUGUUCACAGAGAAAGAGGCUGUGGCGAUAGAUGUGAAAACACGUUUUGUGACCUUUGAAGAUGGCUUGAGGAUGGAGUACAGGAAACUCUUUAUUGCUACAGGAAGCAAACCCAAACCAAUGAUCUACAAAGGCAAGGACGUUAGGAACGUGUUUCACCUCAGGACGCCCGAGGACGCUAACAGCAUAGCACGGCUGGCAAACAACAAGAACGCUGUGAUUGUGGGAACAUCAUUUGUUGGUAUGGAGGUGGCUGCAGCUCUAACUGACAAGGCCCACUCUGUCUCUGUCAUCGGGAUCGAGACAGUCCCCUUUAAAAAAGCUCUCGGAGAGAAAGUAGGGAAAGCCAUAAUGAAGCUGUUUGAGGUAAACAGGGUGAAGUUCUACAUGCUGAACGAGGUGGCAGAGAUGAUUGGCCAUCAUGGACAGCUAAAAGAGGUGGUACUAAAGAGUGGGAAAGUUCUGCGGGCAGACGCGUGUGUCAUCGGAGCAGGAAGUAUUCCUGCAACAGGCUUCCUGAAACAGAGCGGCAUCCACAUGGAUUCCAAGGGCUUCAUCACUGUCAACAAGAUGAUGCAAACAAGUGCUGAAGGGGUCUUUGCUGGAGGAGAUGUGGUGGUGUUUCCUUUCCCAGCACGCAACAACAAGAAGGUGAACAUCCCUCACUGGCAAAUGGCUCAUGUACAUGGAAGGGUGGCAGCUCUCAGUAUGAUGGGCAGAGCCGCUGAGAUCCAAACUGUGCCUUACUUCUGGUCAGCCAUGUUUGGGAAGACCAUACGCUAUGCAGGUUAUGGUGAAGGAUUCGAUGAUGUCAUAAUACAAGGAGAUUUGGAUGAACUGAGAUUCGUGGCAUUUUACACUAGGAGUGAGGAGGUGGUUGCUGUUGCCAGCAUGAACUAUGAUCCCAUUGUAUCCCGAGUGGCAGAGGUCUUAGGAUCUGGAAAGACGAUUAAGAAACGAGAUGUGGAGACUGGAGACAUUUCCUGGCUGAUUGACAAAGGCUCUCAAUGACUUCACAUCUGAAGGACAGACCCAAAGUCCGCUAGACACCUCAAUAUGGACACUUAUGGUGCUGAGACACUGAGCAGCUAUCCCGGUCUGGACACACACACGGACACACACACACACUCUGGGGACAGGACCGUAUCUGUUGGAGACACAGUAAGGACGACACUGAAACCUGCUUUUGUUCCUGAGAGACACUAACAUGACAAACAGAGCCAUACACGUUUUGAAUACACCGAAUCGCUGUGUUGGCAGGUCUUUAUGACAAUGUUAUAAAGCUUCACAAACAAAGCAAUUUUGGAUUCUGCCUCUGUGCUGCUGCAAGACGUAUCUACUUGUACACUUUGUUUAUAAAGAUGCCAGGGAUGGGCAUUGGCAUUUUUUUGUACAAAUAACAUUGUAUAUAGAUAUAAUCCUGAAUGCACUGUAAGAAAAUAAGAACAUACAAUUUGAACUGAAUUUUUCUAAGUUUUAAGUAACAGCUUUGGUUGUAUGCUCGCAUACAUGCCUUAGAUCUGCAUGCUAUAAUUUACUAUGAUAGGAGUUAAAAAAUAAGUCCCUAAACAGAGAAUUUUCAGUCUAGAUGCAUCAGCAAACAAAGUUUAAAUGCUAAAAACAAUCCGCAAGAACCGUGAAUGCGGCUUUAACAGACUCACUAACACACACUUGCAGUUUUAAUUCGUAAUAAAUGACAAUUUCUAGAAUUACAACAUAUUUGUAUUGGUUGCCAUGCUGCUGUAGUAGAUUGCACAAAUAAAAUUCAAAUUAUACUUUGAUCAACCA